UUGAUAUGCCCGAAAUAAGUCCACCAUUAAUGCAGAGAAGCUGUAUUCUUCCUAUUACAUUGCAUAGACUAUCUUCCGGCUGCUAUAAAUACCAAGCUCAGAUUCGGAAUCGAGGUCAUCCGUGUCCUCAUCAUCAAGGUUUUCUACGAUGUAAUGGUUUAAGCCAUGGGCUUCCAGCAGCUGGAAUGGUGGCCCCAGCAAUUAUCAGCAUGAUCGUAUCUGUCAGCUGGAAGGUUUUUUGCUUGGAAUAUGACCCUUGCUGCUUAUUUAUUUGGGAAAGAAAUUUGGGACUUCGGCGCUGGACUUGUUGCUGCAAUGGAACUUUCAAGAACAUUGAAUGCUCCUUUCACCUAAAAGGAUGAGCUAAAUUUCUCUUGAAUCUCUCUGUUGAUUUGGCUUUCUGGCCUAUAAAAGGGGAGAUUGUUAUAGGUCCCAUAAAAACUUUGUUUAUGAAUGAGAUGGCAAAUGGACUUGACAAUUCC